AACCUUAAAUCAUACUUCCGGCGAAGCUAAUGGCUGACGGAAUGGGUCAGCUACCGAUGGUUCUAGUGUUUUCGGCGUUGAUUUUCCUCACAUGGAGAGAUUUAAGUCAUAGUGAACAAGCACAAGACGUACAGAAGGAUAUUAAGGCACCCAAACUGUCUAAAUUUGCUGGACCGACCCUUAAAUUUUUGUUUUGUUACUCCUGAGGGUACAGGAAGGUCUUUGACCAGUAUGCCCAGCUUCUUCAUGAGCGAUUUCCAGCGCUUGACAUCCAGGGUGAUAACUACCCCCCACCCUCGGGUCGUGCGGCAGUUGCUCAGUUUUUAAGUAUUUUCAAACUUGUUCUCAUUGUUAUGAUUGUCAGUGGACAAAACCCAUUUCCUCAUCUCAAUAUGGAGACACCUAGUAUUUUUAACUGGGCGUCAGAAAAUAAGAUUUAUGCUUGCCUUAUGGUGUUUUUUAUCAGCAAUGCUAUUGAAGGACAAAUGAUAUCUACUGGAGCCUUUGAAGUCAUAUUUAAUGAUGUUCCUGUGUGGUCAAAAUUAGAAACGGGGAGAAUCCCCCAACCGAAUGAGAUGUUUCAGAUCAUUGAAAACCACAUGCGUUUAUACACAAAUCCAGUGCAAUAAGAGAAUAUUGACAUGUUAGUCUUCAAAUAACAAAGCUACCUGAUUUACUAACAGUAGUAGAGGAGCAGAAACUGAACCAAUGAAAACCUUCAUUGCAAACAGCUAUGCUGUUGAUGGAGUGUUGGAUAACCAAUCAGGAUCUGUCUUCUAUUAUUGUCAACUAAUCAGUAGUGAUGUAUUAUCUGACGACUUUCAUGUCUGAUCUAAAAUCUGACAAUUUGACAAAAUGUGAUCAAGAAUCUUCUGUUUAAACAUUUGUAAUUAAAGAACAAUGCUUCACCACAUUGAAGAAAUGGAGUUUUGUUCAGUGAGUGUGUUUGAUGUAUAUAGUGACAUGAAUUAUUUCUGAGUGAUGUGGACUGAAUGAUAAACAUUUGAAUUAUGUCAUGAUACAUGUAUGUUAUUUGUGAAUUUAAUGUUAAAUAGAAGAAUUAGAUAUUGUAAAUGUGAUUAUAGGUCUUUAUCAGUCCUCCUUAUGUUCAUCUCUACCUGUAAUAGUGACAGUCUAAGUCUUGAGUAAACUGUUGAAUUUUUUCUUUCAACAUUUCGAUCCCUGUAAUUAGUUAAAGCAGAGAAAGUCGAUAAAAUGUCAUCUUACAAAUUAUUCAAAUCAAUUUAAAUUCAUCAAGGUAGUAUUGUUCUGAUUGAUAAUGAAUUAAAGCUUAUAUCCUCAAAUUAUAAUUUAAUUUCAAACAUUCCAAUGCACACUAUACACCUCUGACACUUCAGAAUUUAGAAGAAAUUAUUCGGAGUUUAAUUUAAAAAUGGUGAAUAAUAUAUAGAUUGAUUUAAUACAAUGAUUUUUGAAUAGAAAAAAAUUUAAAUUUCAUCUGUUAGAAAGAUGAUGAAAUUGUUGAAGUAAUUUGUUUUUCAUGUGUGAAAUUUUUCUUGUGUUUUAUUAUAUACGCAAGCUUUAAGUUCUAUUUCGCUAAUGACUUGUGUCAGUAUAUUACAUGUAAGCAGAAUUUCUUUGAGUAGAAAUGCAGGCUGUGAUGUGUGGAGGCUUGUAAAUUAUUACCUUUCAAUAAACUUGUUUUUUUUUUUUAAA